AUGUCCAGGCUUCGGGUCACGCCAGACUACGUGAAGAAGCUUGAGACUCAGGUGAAGGAUCUCUCUUCCCGAAUUGAAGCCUACGAAGCAACGGGAGCCAAAACAGUCGAGGGUAAACCGACACGGGCAACUUCCGGGAUUUCCACUCUGGACCACGGCCCUACACAGCACCCCGAGAUCAACCACGAUGAUUAUCCAAUGCAAAGCAGCACAUCGCCCUGGGAGAGUGGCCAACAAGAACUAUCUGGUGUUAACUCACACACUCGAGAUGUUGAGUUCUACGGCAGCUCAUCUUCUGUGGCUCUUCUCUCUCAAAUCCAGCGCACUGGGGAUGAGUCUGAAGGAGGUGAUGCGAGUUCCCUUCUUUCCACCUUGCACAAUCCUGCUUUUGGACGAGCCAAAUUUCAAACAGUUCGUGAAAGUUGCAGGGAGAUCGACUACCCAGAUAGUUCAAACUGGUUCCCACAAUGUCGUGGGUUUUUGGAGGCCUUCUUCACCACGAUCCAUUAUGUCCACCCCAUUCUCAACAAGCAAACCUUUUUGCAGCGAUGUGAGGUGUUGUGGUCUGGAAGCGAAGCCGAUGGCCCGCAGCUUUCAAGUUUCACAGCUCUGUACUUUAGUGUUCUCUCUUUGGGUGCGCUUGUGGGUACGAGAGAUGAUGAGCCUAUCGACGGCAUCAAUAAUCUGCAAUGGAGCCGCAAAUUCUUCGAGAAAGCCAAAGCCUGCUGCAACCAAAUAGGAAUGGUAACAGACCUUGAUAUGACUCAAUGUUACUUCAUGCUUGCCAAGGUGUGCCAAAAUGAGCUACGUCCUCACUUGUCGUAUAUGUAUGUUGGUCUUGCUAUACGGACUGCUCUAGCCAUGGGCAUUAAUCGAGAGCCUGGAACGAAUGUGAAGAAAUCCGCAGAUUUGCGAAAGGCAGAAUCAAGAACAUGGUGGGGCCUAUACUCUCUUGAAACUGAAAUAUCCUUCGCCAUGGGUAGACCAGACACCCUUGGGGCGGAUACGUAUCAUAACCGGCGAUUCCCAAUAACAGACAGCAGAGAGGCCGUCGAUAACAGUGGCACUUGCGAGAUGCUAGAACAUCCCUCUUGUUCGAUCAUAAAAUGCAUGGUAGAUUUCUCGAGAAUCACGAAAGAUAUCUGCCAAAACAUUUACCUCUCAGGUGUGACAGUUCUGAGGACAGUUCAUUUGGCGUACCAAAUUGAGAGCAAUCUCGAGCAGUGGAUUGAAACGCUCCCCGAGGAGAUACGUCCAACAGAGCUAUCUGGCGGUUUACCUUCUUUGAGCAAAGCCAGGGAUCAGCAAUGGAUGAAGAGACAAAGAUUGGUGCUAUCACUAAGUUCGUCAGCCGUCCCUGAGUCUGCCGCAGAGAAAUAUCUAAUUGACUGGGCAUAG